CGGGCGGGCUUCCGCUGUCCCGGGCCUUUGUCGCGGGUCGGCCACCUUGGGUCUGCGCCCGGCCGUGUUCUUACCUGGAUUCGGGGCUUUGGGUCCUGGGCUCGGUGGCCUGGGCCACAGGGCUGCCGCCACGAUGGAAACUUGAACUUUUCCAGAAUUCUCUCUAAAACUUUGCUGCUGUGGGAUCAAGAGAGGACACGUUAUACCCCAGGAUCUAGAAAUGGAGUUGGUGUCAUUUGAAGAUAUAGCUGUGGACUUCUCCUGGCAAGAAUGGCAAUACCUUGAUAUUGUUCAGCAAACCCUUUAUAGGGAUGUGAUGCUAGAAAACUACAACAGCCUGGUGUGCUUGGGGCACUGUAUGAGCAAACCAGAGUUGAUCUUCAAGUUAGAGCAAGGAUAUGCACCAUGUAGUGUACCAGAAAGCUCAGCUCAGAGGCAUCCAGCAGAACUAAAACCUCAAGUGAGUAUCUACUAUACAAAGCCUCAUGAAUAUAAACAAUUCCAGAAAUUUGUCUGUCACAAGUUACAUCCCACUCAUCAGAAUGCUCAGACAUGUGAGAAACCAUAUGAAGGUGAUGGAUGUGAGAAAUCUGUCUUCUGGAAGUCACAACUCACUCUUCACCAGAGAACUCAUACAUUUGGGAAGCCAUAUGGCUGUGGGGAUGCUUUUCUAAAGAAGACAAAUUUCAUCUUUCAUCAGAGAACCCAUACAGGUGAGAGGCCACCUGAAUGUGAUGAAAGUGAGAACAUUUUUCUCAAGAAGUCAGGUCUCACUAAUCAUCAGAGAACUCAUUUGGGUGACAAACUGUAUGAAUGCAAUGGAUAUGGAAAUGCUUUCUUCUCUAAGACCCAACUAAGUGUGCAUCAGAAAACUCACACAGUUGAGAAGCCAUAUGCAUGUAAUAGAUGUGAGAAAACUUUCUUUCUGAAGUCACAACUCACCAUUCAUCAGAGAACCCAUAUAGAUGAAAAACCUUAUGAAUAUAAUGAAUGUGGGAAAGCUUUCUCUCAGAAGUCACAAUUCUACAUUCAUCAGACAACACAUACAGGCAAGAAACUGUAUGAAUAUAAUGAAUUUCAGAAAAGUUUCUACCAACAGUCAGACAUUACUGUGUAUCACAGAACUCAUGUGGGAGGGAGACCCUAUGAAUGUCAUAGAUGUGGGAGAAUGUUCUUGACUAAGUCAUCCUUCAUUAUACAUCAGAGAAUGCACACAGGUGAGAAGCCAUAUCAAUAUAAUGAAUGUGGGAAAGCAUUUCAAAGGGAUGCAAAUCUCACUUUUCAUCACAAUACUGAUACAGAUGAGAAACCGUAUGAAUGUAGUGAAUGUGGAAGAGGUUUCUUUUACAAGUCACAACUCAGUGCUCAUCAGAUAAUUCAUACAGGUGAGAAACCGUAUCAAUGUACUGAAUGUGGGAAAGGUUUCUCUCAGAAGUCAUACCUCGCCAUUCAUCAGACAGUUCAUACAGGAGAGAAACCAUAUGAAUGUCCUGAAUGUGGGAAAGGUUUCUCUCAGAAGUCCUACCUCGCCAUUCAUCAGAGAAUACAUACAGGUGAGAAACCAUAUGAAUGUAAUAAAUGUGAGAGAGCUUUCUAUCGUAAGUCACACUUCAUUACUCAUCAGAGAAUACAUACAGGUGAGAAACCAUAUGAAUGCAAUGAAUGUGGGAAAGCUUACUUCAAUAAGUCAACAUUCAAUGUGCAUCAGAAAACUCACACAGGUAAGAAACCAUAUGAAUGUAAUGAAUGUGAGAAAGCUUUCUUUCGUAAGUCACAUCUCACCAUUCAUCAGAGAACACAUACAGGUGAGAAACCAUAUGGUUGUAAUGAAUGUGAGAAAGUUUUCUCUCAUAAAUCACACCUCACCAUUCAUCAGAGAACACAUACAGGUGAGAAGCCAUAUGAAUGUAAGGAAUGUGAGAAAGCUUUCUCUCAUAAGUCACACCUCACUACUCAUCAGAGAACACAUACAGGUGAAAAACCAUAUGAAUGUAAUGAAUGUGGGAAAGCUUUCUUCAGCAAGUCAGCACUCAGUAUGCAUCAGAAAACUCACACAGGUGAGAAACCAUACAAAUGUAACGAAUGUGAGAGAGCUUUUUCUCGUAAGUCACACCUCAUCACCCAUCAGAGAACACAUACCGGUGAGAAACCAUACGGAUGUAAUGAAUGUGAGAAAAGUUUCUCUCGUAAAUCACAACUCAUCAUGCAUCAGAGAACACAUACAGGUGAGAAACCAUAUGCAUGUAAUGAAUGUGAAAAAAGUUUUUCUCAUAAGUCACACCUCAUCAUUCAUCAGAGAACACAUACAGGUGAGAAACCAUAUGAAUGUAAUGAAUGUAACACAAGUUUCUCUUGCAAGUCACAACUCACCAUUCAUCAGAGAACACAUACAGGUGAGAAACCAUAUGAAUGUAAUGAAUGUAAGAAAGGUUUCUCUUCCAAGUCACAACUCACCAUUCAUCAGAGAACACAUACAGGUGAGAAACCAUAUGGAUGUAAUGAAUGUAAGAAAGGUUUCUCUUGUAAGUCACACCUCAUCAUGCAUCAGAGAACACAUACAGGUGAGAAACCAUAUGGAUGUAAUGAAUGUGAGAAAAGUUUCACUCGUAAAUCACACCUCAUCAUUCAUCAGAGAACACAUACAGGUGAGAAACCAUAUGAAUGUAAUGAAUGUGAGGAAAGUUUCUCUUGUAAAUCACAACUUACCAUUCAUCAGAGAACACAUACAGGUGAGAAACCAUAUAAAUGUAAUGAAUGUGAGGAAACUUUCUUCCAUAAGUUACAACUGUUCAUUCAUCAAUGAAGACAUACAGGUGAGAAACUGUGUGAAUAUAAUGAGUGUAGAAGAGGUUUCAAGUUACAAUGCACUGCACAUCAGAAAAUUUACACAGGUGCAAAAACAUAUGCAUGCAAUAGAUGUGAGAAAUCUUUCUUCUGGAAAUCACACCAAACCACAUUUGGGUGAGAAAUCAUGGGAAUGUAAUGAAUGUGGGAUGGCUUUCAGCCAGAAGUCAACCCCUUCUCUAUUCAUCAGAGAAUUCUCAUAAGUGAGGAGCCAUAUAAAUGUAAUGAAUGUUGGAAAGCUUUCUUCUACAACUUACCACUCACCAUACAUCAGCAAAUUUACACAGUUGGGAAGAUGAAUAAAUAUGUGAAAACUCUCUUGUGGAAGUCACACCUUAUCAUUCAUCACAAAACACAGAGUUGUGAAGCCAUAUUAAUGUAAUGAAUGUGAAAAAGCUUUGUUCUGGAUGUCAAACAUAACUAUACAUCAGAGAAUCCAUACAGAUGAUAACUCAUAAGAAUGUGUUUAAUGUAGCAAAGCUUUCUUCAAGUCACAAGUCAGUGUACAUUAGGAACUCUUUCAGUUGAGUUGUCUUAUGGGUAUAAUAAAUGUAAAAGGGUUAUCUAUUGGAAACUGUUGCUUAGGAACCCUGUAAGUGUACAGAAUGCAAAGGGAAAUUUCACUGCAAGUCAAACAACACUGUACAUGUGAGAACUCAUACAAGUGAGAUAUCUUGCAAAUAAAAAACAAAGUAUUUUU